AUGCCUCCGUAUGAAAUGCUAUAUGGUAGAAGAUGUCGAACUCCCAUUUAUUGGGGAGAAGUAGGACAACGAGAAUUAGGUGGAACCGAUGUAGUGCUUGAAACUACUCAAAGGAUAGAUGAAAUUCGUGAAAAACUCAAGGCCGCUCAAGAUAGACAAAAAUCAUAUGCCGAUGUUAGGAGAAGACCUAUUGAAUUCGCGGUUGGUGAUCAAGUCAUGUUAAAGGUAUCUCCAUGGAAAGGUUUGCUAAGAUUUCGUAAACGUGGAAAAUUAAGUCCACGGUUUAUAGGCCCAUUUCGAAUUAUAGCCCGAGUUGGUAAAUUAGCAUACCAAUUGGAGUUACGGAAAGAAUUAUCCCGAAUUCAUAAUACUUUUCAUGUGUCUCAACUCCGAAAAUGUCUUAUUGAUGAUGCAACAAGUGUUCCUUUGCAUGAAAUAGAAUUAGACAAAAAGUUAACUUAUGUGGAGGAACCGGUUGCUAUUGUGGAAGAAGAGUUGAGAAAAAUAAAUAAUAAGACGGUAUGGACAUUUAAGGUACAAUGGAAACACCAUAAGAGCUCGGAGUAUACUUGGGAAACCGAGCAUGACAUGUUGGUGUAUUACUCGUCUUUACAUAUGGCUUGGAUCACGGGGACGUGA